AUGCAGAAAUCACUCCACCAAGAAGCCACUGCUGGCUACUCUUCUCCUCUGCGGUCCGCUUACGAGCCUGAUACCCAGGUCGAAGGUUCUUAUGUCGGACAGCAAGCUCAAAUGCAUGGCCAGGACGUCUAUGGACAACAAUCAGCCGAGUAUCACGCGCAAGACGCCCUGGCCCAGCAGCAAUACAGUCAAGCUCAGUUUGGCCAAGACCAAUUCGAGGCCCAGCCCUAUGGACAAGCACAACUCCAGCCACAAUACGGACAAACAGCUUCGUGGCAGCCCGAGGUGCAGGUCUCCGAGGUACAGGCGGAAGAGGAACAUGAGCAGACAACUCCGCAGUUGGCACCACAGCAAAGUGAGCAAGCACCGGACAUCAGCCCCUUAGCGUUGCGUCAGGAGGAGUCACCGGCGACGCCCUCGGCGUCGUCGCAGGGGACACCCUCUCGUGGACUCGCGUUCAGCAGGCACAAUCCUGACCGACCGCAGACACCGCCCACUAUGCAGGCCGAAGAGGAUUUUGAUCCCGAGCUCAUGGUCCCACGCGAUGUGACCAAUGUGCCAUGGCACGCUCGCAACGACUCGGUCCCUCACUCGAUGCGAAGCCAGAGUACCCUCGACUCCGUUGCGUCGUCACCGAUUCAUUCGGCGUUGCACGCUGACAAGCACGAGCCGGUCAUUCGGGACUCGUGGCCGGCUUCCGUUCAUCACUUGACGAGACCGCGCAACGACUCUUCUCUCACCGACCGCGAGGAAUAUGAUCCUUUCAGAGAUAGUGAGGAGGCGGCAAAGGCAGCUCGUGGGCCAUCCGGCUCCGUAGGCUCCAGUUCAGACAGCCCUCCGCGGAAUGCGGCGGCCACGAACAACAACUCACCUGGAAGUUUGAUCAGCAGAAUGCGCGGCAUCUUUGAGAACAACCAAGCCAAGCAAGAGCCGGCCAGCCCAGUCCGAUCACGGCCGGUGUCGGGUGUUUUUCACCCCGUCCGGCGCAGCAAGCCCGGCGGCGACGACGUCGAGGACCGCGGAUACGAUCGCAAAGCAGGGUUUCUCAACGAAGCCGAAGACGAGGUUGACGAGCAGAGCGCACUCCUACGAAGCUCUGCUGGCGGGUUGGAGGCAAAUUGA